GAAGCGGGCAGUUUAGUUCUACUUUCCUUUCCAUUGCAUUGUGAUCAUCGCGAUUAUGUACUUCAAUGAGAAUAAAAAUCGUAUAUGGGCGUGUGCCCUGUGUUUUUUUUUAACACUGAUCUGCGUGCAAGGACGCGUUGGUCUGGGACCUGGAGUACAAGAAUGGGACUAUGUGGAAGUUCGGGAGGGCGCUCACCUCUUUUACUGGCUUCUAUACACCACUGCAAAUGUGUCUCAUUUCACAGAGAGGCCGCUGGUAAUCUGGUUGCAAGGGGGACCCGGAGUGGCAUCCACUGGUAGCGGGAUAUUUGAGCAGCUAGGACCCAUCGACAUCGAGGGCAAAACGCGGGAGAGCAGUUGGUUGAAGCACGUGAAUGUUCUCUUUGUGGACAGUCCGGUGGGCACGGGAUUCGCAUACGUGGAGCAUCACAGCCUCUAUGCCAGAAACAACAGGCAGAUAGCCCUCGAUCUUGUCCAAUUGAUGAAGCAGUUUCUCACGAAGUAUCCGGACUUCCAAAAGGUGCCCCUGCAUAUAUUCUCCGAGAGCUAUGGCGGAAAAAUGGCUCCCGAAUUCGCGCUGGAAUUGCAUUUGGCGAAGAGAGUGGGCGGAGUAGAGUGCGAACUGAAAUCCGUUGUAGUGGGCAAUCCAUGGACCUCACCACUGGACAGCAUUCUGUCCUAUGCCCCCUUUCUGCUCCAAUCGGGCAUUGUGGAUGACGAUGGCUAUCGUCGGAUAUCGCGACUGGCCGGCGAGCUAGCCGCACUUGUCUAUGGCGGAAAGUGGAUACGCGCCUUGAUGAAGGCGACCGAAGUUCAGGGUGAGAUCUCCACCAGUGCGGGCGGAGUCUUCCUCUACAACACCCAGCGGCGCGUUCACGUGGACGAGGUCUACCGGUACGGCGAAGAUCCGCAAAUGAGCCACUUCAUGCGGUCCAAUGUAACUAAGGCACUGGGGCUCGACAAUAUGCCCGUGUGGAUGGAACAAAACUCUACAGUCUUCGAACGACUCAGUCAGGAUAUUUUUAAGCCAGCGAAUCAAAUAGUUACCAAAUUGCUGGAAGAGACGCCGAUACAGGUGGGCAUUUAUUCUGGCAUUCUGGACCUACUGUGCGCAACGCCCGGCACCGUUAACUGGAUCCGCCGACUGAAGUGGAGCCGCAGUUCGGAGUACGCCAAGGCACCCCGUACCGCCAUUCGGAUCGACGGGAUGCUGGAGGGUUACGAAAAGCACGGCGGACGACUCAGUAUGUUCUGGGUCUUUCGGGCGGGACAUCUGGUACAGCAGGAGAACCCGGCGGCAAUGGCGUAUAUUUUAAGGUACUUCACCAGCUAUGGAUAGUGUACAAAUUCGUUCGAAUAAAGUUACAGAGCUUGCCCGACAACAACUUAAA